AUGACUUCACUUUAUGAUAUUAUUAAGCAAGAGAGCGAGAAUAAAAAUAGACCACUCAAAGUAAUUUGUGAUUGGGAUGAAGUUAUUCAACCAUUAAAAGCAGGUUCAUUUAGCAGUGGCGGAAGCAUAAGUAUUUCAUUAGAGGGCAAAGAAGAAAAAGAAGCCAUUGAAAAAUAUUUACAAAUGAGAAAAGCAAUGAAAAAUAGCCGUGAAGAACAUGAUAAAACCAAAGAUUUGUUGUUAGCUCUUAAAGAAGAUUUAAUUAGUGAGUUGAUAAUUAUAAGUUCUUACCGGUCGGGUAAAGCUCACGCCCUUGAAAGAAAAAACCGAAUUAUAGAGAACAAGAGAGAGAAAAUGCUAAAAACCUUUGGUAAUUUUCCUCAAACAAAAAUUGAACUGACUAAAGUUGGCAAAAACGAAAAAGGUAAAUAUAGACCUCAUCGCUGGCAAAGAAUUAUGGAAAUUUUACCCGACUUUGAUAUUUUUAUCGAUGAUAAUAAGAACAUAGUUAACGAAUCCAUAAAAGCUCUUGCUGACAAACCAGAAAAGAUUUAUGUUUUACCGGAUUAUAAAGAUUGCCGAAGUGUCCAAGGACCAAAUGUUUACCACGUCAAAGCCACAGUAUCAGACUUAAAAGACGAAGACUUCAAAAAAGCCGCAGAAGAAUACAAAGCCAAAAAGGAACAAAACGGAGCAGGGAUUGUUUUAUUGGGAUUAGGGAUUUAUUGA